AUGCCUGUGGCAUUGAUUAUAGCUGGUAUUGACACUUUUAAAUGCAGACAUAAACAAGUAAUGCUGGAGGCUUAUGAUCAACAGUGUGAUGAGGCUGCAAACAUAUUUUCAGAGUACCAUAAACGUCUAAGUUAUUAUGUUAACCAAACAAGGAAUGUUAAGCGGUCUAGUGUUGAUUCUUCUGCUGAGGUGGCUACUGCUUUUCAGGCAAAUGAGAAAGAUGUUUAUUCAACUUUUAAAGGAACCAAAAGUGCGGAGGAUGUCAUUCUCAUUGAAACAACCUGGGAAAGAAAUAUCAGGAAGGCAUGUGAGUGUCUUGCUUUGCAGAUGGCUGAAAAGAUUCGCAACUCUUUUCCUGCUUAUGAAGGAAACGGAAUCCAUAUGAAUUCUCUGUUACAAGCUGCCAAGUUGGGUAUUGACCUUGAUGGUGAUUUACCCGAUGAAGUAAGGCAUGCAAUUGUAAGUUGCCUGAAAAGUCCUGCCCAGUUGCUACAGGCAGUCAAUGCCUAUGCUCAAAAGCCGAAGACUACGAUUACUCGAGAAAUAGAGAAAGUUGACGUUAACGCUGAUGCAGAGAUUCUAAGGUACAAGUACGAGAAUGACAGAGCAAUGGAUGCUUCUUCUUCUGAUGUAACAUCCCCUUUACACUAUCAGCUUUAUGGCAAUGGAAAAAUUGGAGGUGAUACGUCUUCAAGAGGGAGUCAAAAUCAACUUCUUGAGAGACAGAAACCACAUGUUCAGCAAUUCAUGGCUACUGAAGAUGCAUUGGGUAAAGCCGCAGAAGCGAGAAAUAUGAGCCAACAGCUUUUAAAGCGUCUGCAAGGAACUGGUGAUGCAAUCUCUUCACAGUCACUAGUCAUUGGAGGAACAUCAAAGAGUAUGAGCAGCCUUAGGCAACUUGAGUUGGAGGUUUGGACAAAGGAAUGAGAAGCAGCUAGAUUAAAAGCUAGUGUGAACACACUGAUGUCUGAAAUACAAUGUUUAAAUAAGUUGUGCGCAGAGAGAAAAGAGGCUGAAGAUUCUUUGAGAAAGAAAUGGAAGAAGAUCGAAGAGUUUGAUGCUCGCAGAUCAGAGCUGGAAUCUAUUUAUAGUGCCUUACUUAAGGCAAGCAUGGAUGCUGCAGCAUUUUGGAGUCAGAAGCCAUUAGCUGCAAGGGAGUAUUCAUCAAGUAGUAUAAUUCCUGCUUGCACUGUUCUUGUAGAUUUAUCAAACAGUGCAAAGGAUCUUAUUGAGCAAGAAGUCUCAGCAUUUUAUCAAACUCCUGAUAAUACGCUUUACAUGCUUCCAUCAACACCCCAGGCUCUGUUGGAAUCUAUGGGUGUCAGUGGAUCUACUGGACCAGAAAAAAUUAAAAUCAAUGCUGAAAAAAUGCUGCUAUUUGAGGAUGGUGCCAGAGACCUGUCUGCAAUUCCAUCUAUAUGUCGCAUUUCUGCUGCUCUACAAUAUCCUGCAGGUUUGGAUGCCUCGGAUGCUGGCUUAGCAGCAGUUUUAGAAUCUUUGGGAUUUUGUAUGAAGCUUCGUGGUUCUGAAGCUUCCAUAUUGGAAGACUUGGAAAAGGCAAUCAACUUGGUUCACACACGGCGAGAUCUUGUUGAAAGUGGUCGUGCCUUGUUAGAUCAUGCUAACAAGGCACAAAAUGAGUAUGAAAGGACGACUAACUACUGCUUAAAUCUGGCUGCGGAGCAAGAGAAGACAGCUACAGAGAAUUGGCUACAGGAACUGGAUGUAGCUAUUGGUAAUGCUAAACACUGCCUUAACGAGGAAUGCAAGUAUGUUCGGGGCCUGGUAGAUGAAUGGUGGGAACAACCAGCAUCAACUGUAGUUGACUGGGUUGCUGUUGAUGGACAAAAUGUUGCUGCAUGGUUGAAUGAUGUGAAGCAGCUCAAGGCAUUUCAUGAUCAACAACUUCGUUGAAUCACCUCUUUGGCAACUGUUACAUAAUCUGUAAAUUUUCAUUUUUCUCGCUUGCUAGUUCUUGCAACUUCAUGUGGCUUUUGGUUCUCUCGAGACAGGUCACUUGCAAAUCUAGGCAGCAUCUGUUGAAGAUAGUAGAAGAAUUCGAUCUUCGACCUAGACCUAGGACUGUAAGAAAAUUUCAGUCAAUG